AUGUGCCGCGCAAACACACUCACAAGAUACAGACAGCUCCGCAGUGAGCAGAUCACUAUCCGAGUCGCCACCGGUGACGACAGCAAAGACUACCGGCUUCCAAAGGCGCUCCUGUGCAGCCGCUCGACUUGGUUCAACAAUGCUCUCAAGGAUGGUCGUUUUCAGGAGGCGCGUACCGGUAUCAUCAACUUACCCGACGACUCCAUCAGAGCCUUCGACCACUUCGUCAGGUUCCUGUACGUGGAAAACUUGGUGUUCGACGACAAAGGUGACAUAGCAGGUCGUGCGUAUCAGUUGUGGGAGUGCUGCCAAGUUUGGGCGCUCGCCGAUAAGUACAUACUUCCGGACCUCCAGAGCUGUGCCAUGUCAAAAGCAGCCCUUCUCUUCUUGGAAGCAGAACCACCCACACCUUUCGCGCUCGCACAGUGUUGGGACUCGGUUCCCGACCACUCUCCGUUUAGAUUGCUAAUGGCGGACUUCGUCGUUGAUUCUAUCCGCCGGGACUCGAACACAUGCGAGAGAUUUGAGGAAGUUUGUGGGCGCUCAGGCUUCCUCAAGGAGCUUCACAACUCGCAGGCUCUGGCGCACUGUCACCCAGAGAAGUUCCCGCGCUUCAAGAAGCCACAGGUACACUCCAAGAUCUUGUUCCCGGAGCCCAAGGAAGAAGAAAGAAGUGAGCAAUGUGUGACCGGUGGGAGCAGAUGGUGGGAGGCGAGGUGGGAAGCGAAUUGCCACGAGUGCGGGUACUUCGCGAAAGUUCAGGCAAUCUGCUCCGGCUGUAUGGUCGCCCCAAGGGCAUGCAAGUGUAGCCUUGAUGCAGGAGAUUUGCUCCUGUGUGACGACUGCAACCGCAGAUAA